AUGAUGGCAUUUUUCACGGGACCACUACAUUUCUACAAAUUUGGUGAGUUCAGUCUAGAAAUAAUUUAAUAGUUUAGGCUCCCAACCCUCCUUUCUUGUCUCAGCUACAGGUUCUUUUUCUUUGCCAAAUAAAUUUGAUUAUUAACUUCUGCUAAUCAUAGAUGGCUCAGUGAAGACAACUUUCACCAAGAAGUGAAAAUACAUCGAGACUGCCUGAGUCUCUUGACAUAAGGGGAAAAUGUACUUGUGUUCAGUCACUAAGAGAGAUGGAAUCACAAAGCCAAAACUAAGCAUUUAAAAAUUCCAUUUAGGUCAAUGUGAUACACCUAAGGAAUGUGCAGCCUCAUCUGUGCGUGUUUACUCAGAAGCAAGUUUCACUAAAUUUGUGGUUUUUGCUUGAAACCACAAGGAAACUCCUGUAACAUCACGGUUGUGUCAGGAGUCCUGCAACAAUGGCAUUCCUGUUUUUGAAAGGCGUUUUAGCCAUUCUUUGUCAGUUUUUGGACUUUCUCUUGUUAAAAUAAUAUAAGAGAGACUUAAGUAAUUUUACUGCAGUAUGAGCUAUGUUAGGCAGAAGCAUUCUCCAUCUGACGAAUUAGAGCCAUUGACCCUCCUCUCCCGUUUCAAUUAAUUAUGUUGCAGUCUUUCAGAUGAGUGGCAUAAUAAGGUGGUUGCACCUCUUUUUUGGAGGUGUAUUUUUUGAUUUUAAUGCAACUACUUUCACAGCUGAACUGCCCAGCUAGUUUCCCUGCUCAUUUUUGUAUGUAGUUGUAGUAUAAACUUAAAUGGCGCCUUCAGCUGUAUGCACAGUUCUCCUCUUUAAGCAAACACAACACGGCUUUGUGGGAUGGUGGCCUCAGCCCCUGAGGUGACACAGCACUUAUUGCCCUUUGAUUCUGCGGACUGGCAGAAUUAACACUGCUGUUAAAGGUGUACUUCAGAACUUCCGGGUUAGCGCCAUCGGCAAUGGCAGAGUUCCUCUGACUAAGAGGUACCCGCUCCGCGAAAAUCGGGUCUUGCCACCGCGGCGAAGGCGGAGACCCUUUAAAAAUCCCAGGCGGAGGAAGCCUGGGAACGUGGGAUUCGGCUGACACCAAGAGCGCCUCCCCAGCUCGCGGGGAAACCCUUUUUCGGGGUCCCGAAGCGAAGGGGGGUGAGUGGCGCGGUGUUUUGAAUCGACCACUAUUUUUACGGAGUGAAGCCGCACAGCUGUUGCCGGAGAGCGCUGACUUUUUCCUGUGAACAAUUGGAUUUUAAACAACUACUCGUGAGUAGAAUGGAAAAUUGGAUUAUAAAACUUUAUAAUUUGGCACUGAAGCGGGAACGUCUAAACAGGAAGUCCGCCUUUCUGCUUUUGUAAAUAGUUUGAAGCAAAGACAUCGCGAGCUAAAGUCUAGAAAGUUAUUUGUAAAGGACUAAAUUUCCAUCGGUCCAAACUACUAAAUCCCCCCGGAAGCAGGAGAAGAGGGGGGAAAUUUUGAACUGCUUAAGCCUGCAGGAGAGAGUGUAAAAAAAGAUAAUUUUCUACUGUCUUGAACCCGGAAACGGGCUGCCAAAAGACAGACGUAUUGGGAAGGUUCAUUGACCGAAAACAAAAGGUGUGCUGACAGAUAGUUAAGAAAGAGAAAUAUUUUGACUCCAAUGUUUCUCUUUGCACUCAAAAAGGACAAAACAGUUGAAAAAAGAAGGUAAUUUUGUUGCCGGAUAUGCUUCUAAAAGGACGGAUACAACUGGAAAUUGUAUCCCCUAGAGGGAGCCUUUGAAAUUGCUGUUGGAGUGGACCUGGGAAACUAGCCAGCAUUAGAGAUUAAGGAUCGUGAGAAAUAUUUUUUUUUACCUUGGACAAGAAUGUCGACACAGGAAGCUUUAGUGUCUGCCUUGUGCAGGACAAGUGCUUUGCUGGAGCAGCUACAUGCAAAGAUGGAUUUGAUGUUUAUUGCAACUGACAACUUUGGACAAGCAGUGAAUACUUAUACGGAAAUCCUUCAGGAAUCGACCCAGGAAUUUGCACUGACAGGGCAAGUUGAGGAGAAGACAAAGAAGGAGGUUGCUGUCGAACCUCAAGUAAUAUAUGUUGAGAGAGCUGUGGCCUUGCAGGAUUAUAAGCUGUUGUUUCUGAUUCCUGAGCCUGGAGUGAGUGAUAUUUGGAGAGAUGGAGUCCCAGCUGGAUUGGAGAUGGGAAGUGGGCUUCCAACGCAGGGAUGUCCAGACCUAUGGGAUUUGGUCCUGGGCCAGGGAGAAACUCUUUAACCUUGGAGGGACAUUGAAGCUCGCUAUGAAACUUCCUUUGGAUUUUAAUGCUGAUUAUGGAGAAUGGGUGGAUCUGUCGAGAAGGGUUAAAGACAUUGUUAAGUUGGAGUCUCUCAGAGAUCUACUCCUCAGUGUUAAAUGAAAGAAACGGAAAAUAAGAUCAACCGACGACAAAGUAAAGGGCAAGUACAAAUUUGAAGAAGAUCCGCAGAAGGGACAUGGAGAAGAGCUAAGAGCCUCGGAUAUAAGAUCGCCAGGUUGAUGGACUAGAGGGAAUGGUCAGAAAGGACUGACAGAACCCGAGACCGGGAAGAAGAGACGGUGGAUGGAGAUUGGAAGAAAGUUAUAAAAACUUAUUUAAAGAAACAUUGUAAAGUUAAUGAGCUUUAGGAAAAUGUUGGAAUGAAAUUAUUCGGCUUUAGUAGAAAUGUUAGAAGGAGAUAAGUUCAAAUAAGUCCUAAAUUUUUAGGGUUUUUUAAGUGAAAAAUUUAAGGGUAAAUUGUGUCAAGAAGAAUUAUUUAAAAAAUUUGAGAAAGAGGGAAAGGAUUUGCUGAAACAGUUAAUUGAACUAGAAUACAAAAAAGGGAGGUGUGAGGAAGUCGAGGAAAUAAGUAAAUGAAAGAUAAAGAUAUGAAAAUAUCGGAUCUGUUUUUUUUUCUUUUUUUCUUUUCUUUUUAAAAUGUUUUUGUCUUUAAAUGUUUUUUGCUUUUUCUUUUUUUAUUGAGCUGCUGUACUGUUUUUUAUUGUACCUUGUUUUUGUUUUUCUCUCUCUACUUUUUUCUUUAUAUUUGAAGUAUUGUAAUUUCUUUAAUUGUUGUUCUUUUUAUUUCUUUCUUGUAAUUGUUAAACUUUAAUAAAUAUCAUUAUUAAAAAAUAAAUAAAUAAAGGUGUACUUCAGAUUGAGAUCCACUGCAGUACUGAUAGUAUAAAGGUAAAAAGUCCCAUCUGAAUAGAUCUGCAGUCCUGCUUCUGGUUCACAUAGUCCCCUUAGCCAAUGCUGUUUACACGUGUUUAUGAUGUUUCUUUUUGCAAAAAGAAUGAGGAAAAGGAAGGGCAUGUUCAAAUCAGGCUUUAACAUGUAUUGCACCGGAUCUUUGUUUUUUGGUGAUUUGUGUGCCAUUUCCAAAAAAUACUGCUUGGAGGAUCAAUACAUUGUUUAAUACAUAUCAACAAAUGGAGAACUGGUAUGAAAAUAUCCUAUAAAUUAAAUGUGAUAUGUGCCGUCCUACAGAUAAUAAACAGGAAACCUUGUAUAUAGAGAUACUAUAGUAAGAAAUGGAGGUCAUUUCACUGAAGCACUACCCAUAUUUAUUUACACCCUGUCAGACUGAAAUUCCUCCCCACACUGUUUGACCAUCCUUUGAGUAUCUCAUCCGUUGUAACCCCUUUCAGCCACUUUCUCAAAAGCAGCACAUCUAUCCUGUUUUAAAGCAUUGAUGACAGACAGAGAUAAUUCUUCAAAAUCUAGGGUUGUUGGUUCAUAUGCUUAAAUAGAAACAGUAAAAUGGGUAAGGCAAAACAGCUUUUGGCGAAGGACCCUAACAACCAUCUGGCAGCAUGAAACUAAAUAAAAGGAGCAGAAAGGCCAAUAUUUAGCAAGUCUUCUGUUACAAGUGUGAUGUUGGGGAAGGAGAAAGGCCACCACCUUUUAAGGGUUCUGACUUAACACUAGCAACUCAUAGAUAUGUAUGAAGAAGAAGAGGAAGAGUUUGGACUUGAUAUCCCGCCUUUCACUCCCCUUAAGGAGUCUCAAAGCGGCUAACAAUCUCCUCUCCCUUCCUCCCUCACAACAAACCCUCUGUGAGGUGAGUGGUGUUGAGAGACUUCAGAGAAGUGUGACUAGCCCAAGGUCACCCAGCAGCUGCAUGUGGAGGAGCAGGGAAGUGAACCCAGUUCGCCAGAUUAUGAGUCCACCGCUCUUAACCACUACACCACACUGGGUGUAUACUUUUCGCCCUAUCUGAGCAGAUGCUGCGCAUGUUCUCACCCCAACCAGCUAUGGGGGUCCCCAUGCAGAACCUAUAGUACUUCUUUGUGGGUGGGAUCUGUCUGCUCUGAUUGCAACAACAACCACCUCCCCAUGGUCCACACAGACAGAAAUUUGAACCUGCGGAAUAAAUUAUGCUAAUUUACAUGGUACUUAUGGCAUGAUUUAUAUUGAUAGCUGCAUAUACAGAAACUUGAAAUACUUUGGAUACAAUUAGAGAUGUAAAAACUAGAAAGGAGAAAGAUUGAAAUGUGGGGUUGGAAGGAGAUGGGGUAUAGAUUGCUUAGAACUAGGAGCCAUAGAGGAGGAGAGGGGGAAUAGAGGUGACUAGCCCUGCCCAAGAUCGCCCUGACUUAACACACAUUUUCAAACUUCUCCAAAAGUCCACUGCCACCUCCAUUUGGAGAGAUAGCAACAAAUUUUGUCUUUUGAGUUCUUUUCCCAGGAAGUACAUUCCACUCGGCAUACAAACAGUGUUAUGUAUGUUUUCUACAUUGAACAGAUUUUAUCCCCCCCCCUCAUGUAUAUAUUGUUUUAAUUUAUAGUGUACAUCGGUGCUCUGAUUUCUGCUCUGUGCAAUUUAAUUGGUAAGUAUUUUCAAAGUACUUAACAUUUGCUGCCAGGUUCACAUUGUAUUUUGUUGGGAAUGAGCAGCAAGAUACACAGCUAUUUCAUCAUGUAUGAUCGAUAAACUUUGUACAUUCUAUUUUGCCCCACAAGAAACAUCUGCUGAACUCAAGUUGAAAAUGAAGGCAGAGGAUUUUGAGUACAUUUUAACAUGGGAAGCUGGAAAUAAUACAGGGACAGCCACAUGCUACAAUGUGAUGUAUAAAGAGAGAAGGUACCUAUGCUUUUCCUAAAAUAUAUUCCCACGUUUUGUAAAUUAUUAUGAAUGACUGAUAUUUGGUACAAGAUCAUUAUUGGUUUGGAUGUUUCUAGUUAAGGUCCUGUCAUAUGAAGAACAGAAACCAAGAGUUCUCUGGCAGCUUAAAGACUUAACAGAUUUGAUAUGGCAUGUGAUUUUGCAGACUGCGUUCCACUUUAUCAGAGGCAUGAACUAUUAUCCUUAGAAGAUAAAUAUACACAUGGCUGUAGAGGGGGAAACCUGCACAUGUGGGGUCACAUGAUCAUUAAGUGCAAUACGUGCUAAGUCAAGCCAAACUUUGAUGGAUGCAAAUUAACAGCAAUGGGGGGGGGUGUGCUAACAAGAAUAAGAGUGCAAUCCGGACCCCAGUGGGAUGGCAGUGGGGCAAAGCCACACCACAUCCAGAGUCCCAUUGAUUUCACCAGCUAGGGUGGAAGGUGGGGUCAGGGGCAGGAAAAUUGUGUUUUGUUGCUGUGACAACUCCAGUUUGGAACAACAGGUGGGGCUGGAUUGGGCCUGUUUCCACAUCUGACUGGUAGCUGGGCCGGCAUUUGAUGCCUCUGGUAAAGUGGAUUCUCAGUCAUGAAAAUUUAUCCCAUAGUAAUUUACUUAGUUUCCUAAAUGUUACAAGACUCUUUGUUGGUCUUGCUGCAAUAGACCUGCAGUGCUAUCCUUUCUACAUCUUCUCAGAAGUCGGUCUCAUUGCAAUGAGAGUCCCAAGCAAGUGGGCAUCUGACUGCAGUCUUAAGACAGCAGUCAUGAAAUGGUCAGCAUGGAAACAAAACAGAAAAGAUUCAGAACCAGACAUUCACAUGAGGCUGCAUUAACUGUUAUUUAGGUAUCAAGCUGUGCUGAGGCCUCAUAGGAGAACAGCCAUUUCAGGUUUGUGUUUCCUAUUGAUGCAGCUAUAAUAACCAGCUGUUACUCAAGUCUGCCUCAUAGUUCUCAGGAAGGUAAGAGAGAUGAGACCUGGACUUGGGUGAGGUGACAGCAUUUAGCCAUUAGGAAGCAAACACCCCUCUGUUUGGUCAAUUAACAAAGUACAUUAUCUGAUUUGCACAUAAACUAACAUAAGGGAAGAGUCACAGGCUGAUCUUCCUACAGAGUUCCUCACAGGAGACAGAUAACAAUAAAUUAAUCCUCCAAAAUGCUUCUCUCCCCUUUGAAAGCUCAGUUUGUCCUUGGCUAUCAAAAUCAGCGGGAAGAAACCAGGUGCAUGAUUCUUCUUUCAGUAAGUCCAAGUAAGUAAGGCAUAUUUUAGUAGUCAGUACUCAUACGUAUAUGUUUGUCCUUGUGACGUUUCCCAAUCAGGGCAAACUUGGGGGCAAAUUCCCAGGGGAAAUCUAACAUGUUUCUGAAUGGAAGCACAAGUAAUUGAAUUCUAGGAGCGAUUGGUAGCUGGUCCUGGAAAAGAAAUUAUGUUUGGGGGUUGCUCUCCCCUGGGAACUUGCUUCAGACAGACACCCUCUCUUCUCCUUCUUGCCAGGUCCCAGCAAAAUGAGGCUCCAGUAUCUGGGGAGCUGGCCAUUUGUCCAGCUGGUGCAUGGUCCAAAAGCGGCAAAGACCGGUAAGCACUCAAAGGCAAGCAGAUGUUGAGAUCCAAGGCAAUAUGUAGGAACUAGGCACAGUCCUCACACAAGAUGAGAUGCAGCGGCUGAGACGCAGACUCCAAGGCUAGGGCAAGGGCAGGAAACUGAGGCCCUCCACAUCUUGCUCAACUCAAACACCCAUCAUUCUGUACCAUCUGCUGUGUGGGCUUGGGCUGAUGAGAGUUGACAUUCCACAGCAUGUGGAGGGCCCCAGGUUCUUCAGUCCUUGGCUAUGCCUUAAUGUGGCCUGGUACACAAGGGUUGGCUUUGGGGCCAGCUGACAAUACUCAGGAAGUACUGCAGCCUAGAGGACUAACUUGAACUACAGUGUUCAGUCUUGGCUGGAGCCAAAGUCCCAGUGGUGCAGCAUGAGAAAAAUAUACACCUCUGUUUGCCUCUAUUGGCCUGCUGGUCAGUUUAAUCAGGCCCCUGUGGGCAGUUUAUUUCCUGGGGUAAAAUCCUUUAAAAAGGUCAACAACUUCAAUCCUAAAAAAAGGGCAACAACUUUGGGUCAGCCGUCACAGCCCUUCACUUCAUCAAAUCUGGCCCUCUUUGAAAAAAGUUUGGACACCACUGCCCUAUCCCCUGUAAAGAAGAGAUGGUCUUGGGAUGUUUGUGGCAAAGAAACACAGGAUGGAAAUGAGAAAGGCAACCGUUAGGAACUGAGCAAGAAAGAGCAGAGGGAAGGAGCUACUUGGUUCUGGAGAUAGACAGGACCUUUGUAUUGGCUGGGGAUAUGCAUCCAUAAACUGGAUAAAUAUUGAGUCAUCUGCACGCUAAGAGAGGAAUUGCCCCUCCUGCACUGCCUUCCCACAGACCUAAAAGCCAUCUCUCUCACUCUGCCCACCCACAAAUACAACCCUCUGCCCUUUUCUCAUCGCUGGAGGUGGCAGUAGAGGAGUCCAAAGGAAGCAUUUGUGAGUCGAGGACCCUCCACCUGCAUAGAAUUAUAAUAAGACACACAGACACAUUAUUUAGGUUAAUGGGCAAAAUUAGGCCACAACUUUUAUUGGUUACAGCAUAUGAGUAGUAUUGGCUUAGGCAUUGGAUUAAACAGCAAUACACGACUCCACCCCACACAGCUGGGAGUCAUAACAGGGUUAACAACCAAUGGGAGGAGCUUGUUGAUGCAAAUGCAACUGGAAGCUCCCCCAUGACGUCACCAAGGUACCACAGUAUUUGAAAAGCCACCAAAUGUACAUUUGCACUGACAUCCUUCUCACAGAAUGGGACACUUCAUAUCAAAUUAGGGGAUGAGGGUGAGUAAAUAUAUGCUUGAUCUCACUCCGGCAUUCUGGACAACUUUCAUGUGACGCUUUUGAAUUUCUGCUUUAUAUCCAGUUGGGAAGUACUAAUUGGCCCCUUCUUGUUUCCAUUUACAGUUAUCCCAGACCGAAUAUGAAGAUUGUCGCAGAGUGUUCCAAUAUCACACGUUCAUUCUGUAAUUUGACAAAAGAGUUCACAGAUCCAUGCAAGGCAUACAUAAUUGUAGUGGAUCAGGUCACAGAAAGUGGAGUACAUUAUUCAGCUAUUCAGUUCAGUCCAUAUGCUGACAGUAAGUAAUUUGCUCCUUAUUUAUGUUUGAAGCACAUGACUUAUGCUUCCUAUAAGUCCUUGUCAACCACACAGGUUUCACACUGGCCAAGGCAGAAGGUAGAGGCCAGUUGUCAACCCCCACUAGGUCAGCUCCCAGCAGGCUCCAAAGCUGUCAGUGCCCUGCCCCACGGGCGGAGGGAACGCACUACCACUGGCACCAUGGGAGAGGGAGGUACCAUCAUGGCUGCCCCCCCCGGACACGGGCCACGCACCCUCCCACUGCGAACAGUGCGCCACGCCCCUGGGACGUGCGCCAGCCCCGCCUCUGCCUGCUCACCGCCCCCCGGUGCCAGAGCAUGCAGAGCCCUGGCACCAGCAACCUCAUGCAAUUCUAGCCCCCCAAACCCCCAAGACUCGCUCCUUCUUCAGUGUAUUAUUUUCAGUUAUUUAGAUCAUUAUUAUUUAAGUGCCAAGAGGUCCCGAGGUCCUGACAAGCUUUAUCUCCAGCUCUCUAUGGGCAUCCUCUUGCUUUUCAAUGGAAUGAAUGGCAAACUACACCCCACUAAGAUCAGAACACAGGACUAGGUGCCGUAUUCAGAGCAGGCUUUCGGGAGCAGAAAUGAGGAUCAAAGAAGGCUGAAGGCCAACAAGUUAAGAGGCUUAAAGGUCGGUUUGGGGAAAUUUCUAAUCAAUAGAAGCCCCGCCGUACCUAUUUAGCCUUCAAUCUGAAAGAAGCAUACCUGGGAGAACGUUGUAUCAUUUCAUUUGAGAUCUUAUGUCCAAGUUAGUAGUGCAUUGGAUUGUAAUUUCAUUAAUUUCUCUAGGGCAGAGCUUCCCAGUCACAUUGAUUCCUUCUUUUCUUCCUUUCUUUGUUCAACAGCAUGCCUAACACCACCCCAGUUUGAGAUUUCUGCUUGUCCAAGCUGCGCAAAUGUGACAGUGAAACUUUCAGCCUCGUUACUUCAUGUAUACCAAGAGCUUGAUUAUACGGUCACAGUGAUAAGAGACAAUGUCAAGGAAAAGGUCGGUUGCUUAUGAUUAAAAGGGAAAUGGUAGACAGUAUCAAAAUUAAUUCACUUCAUCUGUAAGAAAGCUGCUAUUUCUGUUUCUAGUUCAAGUAUAUCCAAACUUAAUGGUUCUGCUUCCUGAUCCAUAGCCCUGUCUAUCCUCCAAGGCAGGCCUAGAGUUCCUGUCUGGGUGGGUUUCACCCAUUCACUUCAAUGGAGUGGGCAGCUCCCCAUGUUUUGUCCUUUCUGUGGCUGUUGACAUUGAGAUAGACCAGAAGGGCUGUAUAUAUUGUUGGAGUGCCAGCAGGAAUUGCUGGAUUGAGAUGUUUUGGAUUAAUAGGGUAGACCACUUCCCAUGCCAGUACUUGAGGAUUGGGCAUAGCAGCAGCUAAACCAGCAGAGUCCAAAGGCCGGAGGCUACGUUGGUAUUGCUGUGCCUUUGCACUGUUGCUGCAAGAAGAAUUGGUAAGGCAAAUAUUUAGCAGAUGAACAGAAAUGAUAAUGUUACUUAUAUAUAGCUUUUUGUGUUUCCAGAGCACUUUAGGAAACAUUUUCAUAGGUAUCCUUUCAAUAGCCCAUGACAUAGGCUAGUGUAAUUAUCCCCACAUUCAAUUGUCAGUCUUUUUGUUCUUCUUUUCUAGCGUGUUAUCAAUACAACCAGACAAGAGAGUUUCCACACUGUCAUUGGAGAUUUGAGUUUCAAUACAAAUUAUUGUAUUGCUGUUGAUGUGAGAACAAGUCUAAAUAAUCAGUGCGCUCCGUCUGUCCCCAAAUGCCUUAUCCUCAGCUCCAAUAAAAUAUCAGGUAUAAUGAAUUAAGGGGUGGGGAGGGGUUGCAGAGAAUUAAUUUAAAAUUAUUAUUUUCUUAAUUUAAAAAAACUAAUAAUAGAUUAUUGAUUUUAGUAUUUCAAGUAAUGGUUUAAAAAAAAAAUAUUAUGAAUUUUGGUAAAGUAGUGCUCUGUGUGCCCAAUAAAACCAGAGUGUUUCACAAUAGCCCCCAUAUUCACUUUUCUUUAAUCACCUUCUUUUUAUCUUACAGGUCAUAUUAUAUUACCAGCGUUGUUUGGCAUAUUAAUGUCGUUGGCAGUAAUACUCAUUCUAUUUGUCCUGUAUAAAACCGGUGAUAUUUGCUUAAGAAGGAGGAAAUGGCCAAGCGUCUUGGUAUGUAGCCUUGAGACGGAUUCUUUUUUUAAGAUAAAUAGCUUAAUAAGCUCUACUGUAUGUAUGCUGUAGUGGUUCUAGGGGUUGCUCGUGCGUAAACUGGUGCAAACACCUGGCUGGGUUGCCUGAGUGAACCUUUUCUGUCCGGACAGCCACUCACCCGUGGCUGUCUCAAUCACUGGCAGAAUCCGUCAGUGGGCGUUUCUUAAACUUCUUCCAGCAAAGAAGCUCUUUGAUGCCUAGUCUCCUCCUACUCUCUCUGCGCGAAAGUCUUCUGCGCAAGGAGGGCGUAGGCAGCGGAGGACCCCUACUCUCCCCGCUGGUCCCCGGCAAGGAGUCAUGGGACCGCCUCGCCGCUUCCCCCAUCUGCCCCCCUUCUCCACUGGUGCUACGCUGAUUCUCUUCCCCAGAAGAUGGGCUGCCUCUCCCAAUCCCGGGACGCUCUCUGGAAUCCCUCUGGAUUUUGCUCUCUCCCUCCGGCACUGAUGGCAGUUCCCUGACAUAUGUAUAUAGAAUUUUAUUUAUUUUCUAUCUUCUUUUCAUGAAACGUUCAUUGUUGAAAAGACCUAAGGGUCAGUCCCAGGGUCAAUGCCAGUUUCAUAGGGUCAGGUGAUAUGAGAGUUUGCCCUCUCUGCCUGGAGAGCUGCUGUCAGUGAUGGAGAAAUAAUCUGACCAGUUUCUCUAUCCUGUUAACACUUGAUCCUCGCUGCGAGACGUGAGGUAACAGGGAACCAGGCAGAGGGCCUUCUUGGUGGCGGCGCACGCCCUGUGGAAUGGCCUCCCAUCAGAGGUCAAGGAAAUAAACAACUACUGUUUCUGACCUUUAGAAGACAUCUGAAGGCAGACCUGUUUAGGGAAGUUUUUAAUGUUUGAUGUUUUAUUGUGUUUGAAUAUUCUGUUGUUGUUGUUGUUGUUGUUGUUGUUGUUGUUGUUAUUUGAUAGGACUUGUAAUCAACAGCACCACAACAUUUACAUUUAGCCUUGUGUCCCGGGUAUCUGGCCUCAAGACCAUAAAAAGCUGGAAUAAAUAAGUGAAGAAAGAACCAGACUCUUCAGGGCUUUUUCAACAAAACCCCCUUUAUUGAAAAUGGAAGCAAAUCCCAAUGAAAGCCAAAAGAUUCUUACAUCUGUGGAGGGUUUCGGGAUUAAGGCCAAAAUAUUGACAUCCAAUUAAUAUCUAUUAAUAUUAAUAUUCAACUAUGUAUCACACCCCUAUCUUUUUUGAAGGCAUCUAUUUUAUUUUUCCCAUCUGUAAAUUUCAAAAUUGUUUUUCUUUUCAGAGCAUCACACCAAAAUUAGACUAUUCCCUUUUUAAAUCAGAACCGGAAGAAGUGCACACCGUCCAGGUCACCCAACAAAGUAAAAAAAAAGUAUGUGGAUACAAUUCUGAUGAAGAGGACAGUGAAAGCGUUGCUGGAAAUGAUGAUUUAUAUACUGCACAUGGUUUUUUGGGGCAGACUUCAAAGUCCUGCUCACAGGAGGACAAUGCAGAGCCACCGUCCCUAGACUGCUCAUCCACUCUAAGUACAAUAGCUGACCCCCAGGAUGAGGAAACAGAAAACCUUCUGCUCAUAGGCUGCUCAUCUGCUCCAAGUGAAAUGCCUAAACCUGUAGAUGCUGAAGCAGAAAACCUUCAGAAUGAUAUUAGCAAAGAAGAAAGCCCAACAAUUCAAAUAUUUCAUCCUUCUCCUGAAGUGGACUCCGCUAAUGAGCCAGACCUGGAGUGCAGCAGCUGUUCCAAUGUAAACUUAAAUACUGUGGUGCUAGGAAUAUCUGGCAAAAAUAUGGACAUUCUUGCAACAUUAAGCCCUUUUGAAGAGGAUGCAGCAGACUCGAAAGAGUUGUGUGUUUCUGAUGCAUUUGAACUGAAACAUUUCACUGAAGCGCUAGAAAUGCAGAACUCUGACAUUCCUAACCUCUCUUGUUCCUGGCAAAAUUCUAAUGGGUCUGGAGAAAGUGAGUCAUCGGAUUCAGAAACGGACUGUAUUGGUGAAUACAUGAGCAGAUGA